AAUCAACAUUUGAUGCAAACUUAGAUUGGAUAUUGAGUAUUUGAAUGUUCUGUUUUUCUCUCUGCAGAGCUUAUAGCUGCAUUGCACCAUGUGUGGUAUUUGGGCCCUCUUUGGCUGUGAUGACUGCCUUUCUGUUCAGUGUCUGAGUGCUAUGAAGAUUGCACACAGGGGUCCAGAUGCGUUUCGUUUUGAAAAUGUCAAUGGGUAUACCAACUGUUGCUUUGGAUUUCACCGGUUGGCGGUGGUUGAUCAGCUGUUUGGAAUGCAGCCAAUUCGAGUGAAGAAAUAUCCUUAUUUAUGGCUCUGUUACAAUGGGGAAAUCUAUAACCACAAAAAGAUGCAACAACAUUUUGAAUUUGAAUACCAGACCAAAGUGGAUGGUGAGAUAAUCCUUCAUCUUUAUGACAAAGGAGGAAUUGAGCAAACAGUCUGUAUGUUGGAUGGUGUGUUUGCAUUUAUUUUACUGGAUACUGCCAAUAAGAAGAUAUUCCUUGGCAGAGACACCUAUGGAGUCAGACCUUUGUUUAAAGCCAUCACAGAAGAUGGAUUUUUGGCUGUGUGCUCAGAAGCUAAAGGUCUUGUAUCGUUGAAGCACUCCAUGGCUCCUUUUUUAAAAGUGGAGCCUUUUCUUCCGGGACACUAUGAAGUUUUGGAUUUAAAGCCAAAUGGCAAAGUUGCAUCAGUGGAAAUGGUUAAAUUUCAUCACUGUAGGGACGAACCUCUGCAUGCCCUUUAUGACAAUGUGGAGAAGCUCUUCCCAGGUUUUGAGAUAGAAACUGUGAAGAGCAACCUCCGGAUCCUUUUCAACAACGCUAUUAAGAAGCGUUUAAUGACAGACAGAAGGAUUGGCUGCCUUUUGUCAGGGGGCUUGGACUCCAGCUUGGUGGCUGCCACUCUGGUGAAGCAGCUAAAAGAGACCCAAGUACAGUACACUCUCCAGACCUUUGCAAUUGGCAUGGAAGACAGCCCUGAUUUACUGGCAGCUAGAAAGGUGGCAAAUCAUAUUGGAAGUGAACAUCACGAAGUCCUCUUUAACUCUGAGGAAGGCAUUCAGGCUCUGGAUGAAGUCAUAUUCUCCCUGGAAACUUAUGACAUUACAACAGUUCGUGCUUCAGUAGGUAUGUAUCUAAUUUCCAAGUACAUUCGGAAGAACACAGACAGUGUGGUUGUCUUCUCUGGAGAGGGAUCAGAUGAACUUACGCAGGGUUACAUAUAUUUUCACAAGGCUCCUUCUCCUGAGAAAGCUGAGGAGGAGAGUGAGAGGCUUCUGAAGGAACUCUAUCUGUUUGAUGUUCUCCGUGCAGAUCGCACUACUGCUGCCCACGGCCUUGAACUGAGAGUCCCAUUUCUGGAUCAUCGUUUUUCUUCUUAUUACUUGUCUCUGCCACCAGAAAUGAGGAUUCCAAAGAAUGGGAUAGAAAAACAUCUCUUGAGAGAGACGUUUGAGGACUCCAAUCUGAUACCCAAAGAGAUUCUCUGGCGACCAAAAGAAGCAUUCAGUGAUGGAAUAACCUCAAUUAAGAAUUCCUGGUUCAAGAUUUUACAGGAAUAUGUUGAACAUCAGGUUGAUGAUACAAUGAUGGCAAAUGCAGCUCAGAAAUUUCCCUUUAAUACUCCGAAAACCAAAGAAGGCUAUUACUACCGUCAGAUCUUUGAACGCCACUACCCAGGCCGGGCCAACUGGCUGACCCAUUACUGGAUGCCCAAGUGGAUCACUGCCACGGACCCCUCUGCCCGCACGCUAAUGCACUACAAGUCAGCUGCCAAGGCAUAGACUCGCCGAGCUGUAGAGUAAAAGCAAAUGUUUCUUCUUGUUCUCAAGGGUAGGGGACAGUGGUGGAUACAGGGCAAUAAGAACUCCCCAGGCUUACUUGGGUUUGGAAGAAAUAAAACUAUAAGAUGUAAA